CUGCCUUGUCAGCUGCCAUGGAUCCGUACAAGCUCUUGUCGCGGUCGACGCGGCUGUCGAAACAUGGCGCCAGUCAACACAGAAGCACACCGUCGAGCGGACCAAGUGCACAACCGCAACUGUUCCCACUCACUUCCGAGCCCAGCAAGCCCACUGGACACACCUCGCGAAAACGAAAGAGAACGCAGCAGACGCAAGAAAGUGCGGAUCUGGACUUCUUUGGCGACUCGAGCUCGAACGUUCGAAAAAACGUGCCCGCUGGGUCGAUCGAUGAAGAGGAUGCUGCAAUCGCGGCAACUGAAGUGGCUCCGCUCGUGAGCAGCAUGUCAAGUGAAGAUUGCAAACAUAUCCUUCAUAAGCACAAGCUGAAGGCGACUUGGAUAAAUCCGCCGACACCAAUUAAAAAGCAACGACGGAAGAGCGGCGAGAAGAAGAAGAGUAAGGUCGAGAAAGCAGAGAAGCUUCCAAUAUUUCCACAACCACUGCAGGCCUUUGCAGAGCUUCGUACCCGCUACAGUUUCUCGGGGAGGUUGGCAACCAACAUUGACGACCAAGGAUACGCAAUACCGACCGAAGUACAACUUGGAGCACUCCCAAUCCUGCUGGAUCAAGCCGAGAACUUCCUACCGAAAGCAUCAUCUUCGCCAGCCAGCCCGACCACGUCUCAGGUGGAUCUUUUGACGGUGGCGCCCACAGGAAGUGGAAAGACCUUGGCGUUUAUGAUUCCUGUGUUGCACAAUAUAAAUACCACACGACGGGACCUACCACAAGGCUCGAAGCAUACAUUUGCAAUCAUACUUGCACCCACAAAAGAGCUUGCUGGGCAGAUCGCGAAUGAGGGAAGGAAGCUAGCAAAGGACACAGGUAUCAAGGUGACCCAAGUACGAAAGGGCAUGAAGCUACCCAAAUCUUCAAACAAAGACGACGAGUCCGAGCUUGCGGUUGAAUCGGGAACCAACGAAAUCGUUGUCAAAUCCGACAUCUUGGUUUCGACGCCUGGCACCCUGGCGACCAUCGUCAAAGAAGCUCAAGAGCAUGAUGGCGAAGUCCUUUCGGAUGUCCGCUACCUCGUCAUGGAUGAAGCUGAUGUACUUCUUGAUCCACUGUUCAGGGAGCAGUCUCUUGCGAUUUGGAACGCUCUCCUCAGGCCAGAUCUCAGGGUCAGCCUGUGGUCGGCCACAAUGGGUAGCAAUAUAGAGGAGCUCGCUCGCACAGUCAUCAACGAACGAAGAAUGCGCAUCUCUGCAUCACUUGCUGGCGAGUGUGUGGAGGCUCCCUUGAUACGUCUCGUCGUGGGCUUGAAAGAUUCGGCAGUGCCAAAUAUUCAACACAGGUUGGUGUAUGCUGCAUCUGAGCAAGGGAAGCUUAUGGGCCUGCGACAGCUGCUCCACCCGACGACAACUACAGCAGAGUCCGGACCGCCUCUGCUUCCGCCAUUUCUGGUCUUCACCCAGACGAUUGAGCGAGCCGUGGCGCUGCACUCUGAACUUCUGUAUGACAUCCCGCCGGAAGCAGGAGGAAUCAGCAGAAUCGCGGUGUUGCAUUCGGACCUUUCAGACACCGCGAGAGAUAGUGUGAUGACAAAGUUUCGCAAGGGCGAGAUUUGGGUUCUCAUCACUACAGAUCUGUUAUCUCGAGGCGUCGACUUCCGUGGCGUCAAUGGCGUCGUCAACUACGAUAUCCCGACUUCGAGCGCUGCAUAUGUCCAUCGCGUUGGUCGAACGGGACGAGCUGGCCGUGAGGGCGGCGUGGCAGUGACGCUGUACAGCAAAGACGACAUUCCAUAUCUCAAGAAUGUCGCCAAUGUUGUUGCCAUGGCUCAGAAGCAGAACGCUGACUCUGAGUCUAGUAAGGAGGGCGUCCAACAAUGGCUGCUUGAUGCUCUGCCAAACCUGACCAAGCAAGCGAAGAAGGAUUUGAGGAAGCACGGCAUUCAGUCGAGGACUGCCAAAGGCAUGAAGGAUGACCCGAAGGCCGCGAGACGAAGCAGGAUCAGCACCAAAUCUGGAUUCGAGCGUCGCGAGGAGAACAAGAAAAAAGGCGCUAUUCGUGGAAGCAGGCAGAGGCAGAAAGCAGCCACGAUCGACGCAGGUGAAGAGACACACUUUGGUGGCUUCGAUUAA